UUGAGCUCGAUUGCAAAUCUGACGUCCUGCUGUCUGUUGGUAGUUGAAGAAGGAAGUUGUUAUCCCAUUUUGUUGUAUCUUCGUUCCGAACUACACCUAUCUGUCUGUUUAUUUUACGUAUUAUUUUUCGGUUGAUCUGUUCAAUGUAGUUUGUCCACCCAUUUUGACAAUACUUGGAAAAAAAUGUAAACCGUAAACUGUCGAAGUGUUGAUGAUAUCUUUUGUAAUACUCUAGCAUUAAUAGGACAUGUAUAUACUUUGUAUAUCUAACGGCGCUGACAUAGUGCCGCUUCAAAGUGAGAGUGAGAGUGCGCGUCCAAAGGAUUUUCGUGGAUUUGCUGUUGUUGAUAUUCUUUUCUGCGGCUUCGCACACGCGCACUCUCACUCUCACGCGUAACUAUAACGGCACCCUAACAAUGUAGAUUAAAGUAACUGAUAGGUACGGAUAUCAUCAUCACCGAUGUUUUGUUGAUACUCUUAUUAAAUUCAAAUACCUACGUUUUAUGUUCAUUCUCCGAUGACUGGUUUGGUUUUGCCGUUGCCGUUGAGGUAGUUCCUCAAGAACUCCCUCUCCAAAGGGAACAUUUGAGGGAAUCCUAGAAAAUCACUUUACGGGUUCCUUACAUUACAUAUUCUUUUUGGGAUUUCCCAAGCAUAUUCGUCUGAUGAUAUUGACGAUCAAACGCAAAGUUAAAUUGCGCAGGUGGUACUUUUCUAAAACAGUGAAUUACGAACCCUAGACUGAAUUACUAAGUAUACAAAUGGAAGAAAAGUGAAAUUAUUGCAGAUUCUCAUAACUUGCAGCAUUAAUCGGAAACAUGUUAUUUUUGCUUCCAAAGUUGAAAAUUUUGCAUUAUCUAACCUCAAAUUUGAUCGCCAAUUACACCAGGAGGAUUCUUUCUUCAAUUUCACCGGAGGUUUCUUCCGGGAUUUCUCUAAGAAAUAUUUUCCUGUUUCAUUCCGGGAUUCCUUCAGAAACUACUUUUAAAAUUCAUACAAGAAUUUCUUCCGGGAUUCCUUGAGGACUCCUCCAGGAUUUUCUUCUGACAUUUCUUCAGCAAUUUCUUCAGGAAUUCUGAAAUUCAUCUAGGAAAUCCAUCAGAGAAACCUCCAAAACCUUCUAUCGAUAUUUCUCCAGGAACUUUUUCUGAGAUUUCCUUGAUUCCUCUAGGAAUUCCUUCCACGAUUCCUUUGGAAACUCCUUCGUGAAUCCUCCAUAAACUUCUCCCGGUGUUUAGGAACUCCUUUCGGGAUUUUUCAGAGUUUUUCCGGCAUUGCUUUAAGAACUUCUUCCGAAUUCUCCGGAAAUUCCUUCCGGGAUUCGUCCAAGAAUUUCUUUCGCGAAUCCUGCAAAAACUUAUUAUGGGAACUCCUUCUGUAAUUCCUCCGGAAACUCCUUCCGGGAUUCUUUCAGAAACUGCUUUUGGAAUUUUUUUAGGACCUCCAUUCAGGAUUCGUUUACUAGGAACUCUUUUCUUGAUUCCUCCAGUAGUUCCUUCUAUAUUUCCGGCAGAUUCUUCUGGAAUUCCUCCGAAAGUUCAUUAUUAGAUAUUCCUGGAAUGGAAAUUCUCCAGGAGUUUUUUGGGGCAUUCUUUAUGGAAUUACUCAAGGGCUUCCGUAUGAAGUUUCUACAGGAGUUCAUUGAGGAAUUCUUCAAUUUCUUUAGGAUGUACGCCUUGCAAUCCCGGUUCCACAGUGCACCAGAUGUUCAAAUGUACAAAUCUCAAGAAGCAAGCUUCGAACAACAGUGUAACUUUUAUUUUGUUCUUGCUUACUGAAAAGCUUUUGUUUUUAAUGUGAUUUGUGCAUCUAAAAUCGUGAAUAGGGGUAGGCGGGGCAUAAUGAGCAGGUGGGGCAUAAUGAGCACCCUGUAUUUUCACUGCAAACUUCCAAAUUUUCAAAACAAAUUGCUUGAUUGUAGCUUAAUUAUCUCAAACUCAAUGAAUUGAUGACGAAACAUUUGUCAAAAAAAGCCGUUUGUUUUGAAAAAAUAGUCAAAAUGCGUGAAGUGGUCAUGUACUGGGGAAAUGUUAUAAGAAUCAGCUGACCUAAAAUAAGGUUUUGGAAUCGAAAUAAAAAUUUAGUGGGCAUCUAUCAAGUUUCUUGAUAUUUCCUGGGUCAAUGAAAUAUAUUUGUAACAUUGUCAAAAUAUUGGUAUAAUUAUUUUGUUAAAAAAUAUACUUUAAAAAGUUGAUAAUAGGGUGGGGCAAAAUGAGCAACUGGUACAAAAAUGAUGAAAAUGAUUAACAUCUUAAACAAACGAAUUUCACUUUUGGUUUUCUCCGUUACGAUGCAUGUAGUAAGGAUUUGUCAUGAAUUUUCAAUUUAUUAGCUUGAAAAAAUCAGUAUCUUUAUAUUUUCACCGUUUGAAAAUGCCUUAAUAGUAAAUUCCAUGGAACCCCGCAGUUCCCUACAAAUUAAACUCCAUAAUCCCCUCAAAAUCUCAUUGGUUGUUGCCGGUAUGCUUUAUCAUUGACAAGAACUGUCAAUCAGCAAUUGAUUGUGUACAAAACAGGGAUUGAUCAUCCUGCCCCACCUAGGGUGCUCAUUAUGCCCCACCCCCAAAACGCAAUCCACGAUUUUAUACGUUUUUUUAAACAUUUAAUUUUGCAACAUUUAUAGCUUUAUUUAAAAUUUCAACGAUUAGUUUUUGUCAGUUAAGGUUCAAAUGAGCAUUAUACGUAAAAAUUACACAUUGAUUGCGCUCAAUUUACUGGAUUUGGUGGCAAAAUGCUUAAGCUGCUCAUUAUGCCCCGCCUACCCCUAGGUGCCAACGCCGGUCAUUGUUGCAGCCAUUAUUGAAUUCGAAAAAGUCUGUCCUUAUGGAACUCCGACAUCUGCUUUCCUUUUGGAACUUCUUUUGGGAGCUUCUUCCGGGAUUCCUCCGAGAAUUUCUGCCGAAUUUCUUUCAGGUACUGCCUCAGGGAUGAAAAAAAAAACAAUACAUAUGUAUGGUAAGUGGGGGCAGGAUGGGUCACCUAAGAAAUGGACCCCUAUAACUGUCUAAAUAUAAAUCGCAUUUCUCUGUAUUCUACCACGACUCUCAGAUACACUAGUCAGCUAGUAUAUAAACGUAUAGAAAGGUCUUAAAAUUUGAAACCUGCUUCUUGACAAGCAAUUUUCAAAACAUGACCCAUCUUGCCCCACCUCAUUUUUACGAGGGCAAGAUGGGUCAGCUAUCAGAAAACUCGAUUUUUCUCCAACAAAAAAUACUAUAUCUUCUAUUUUUUCUCUAUACAUCUAAGCUUCACAGACGUAAAGAUUACAUAAAAAAAAGUGUUGAAACAUAUCGGUAGAUUAUUCUCAGAACUAGAAGAUAUUUGUUCAGGUAGUCAUGAACGGACUUUGAAAACCUAUAUUUUUUGUAGGAAAAUUUCAAAAAUAGUUUCACAAACUCUCAGUGCUCUAAUUGCUUCGGUAAUGUAGGUCACAGAAUAGCCUUUCAAUGAAGAAUAAAACAUUUUCAAAAACUAUGCAAACAUACCGAAAAAUUAGGGUGACCCAUCUUUCCCCGUCUACACAAUACACGUAGUUAUAUGGAAUGUAUAGCAUAAGGAGUAUAACGAAAAAAUAUUUUAUUUUUUUCUGUGCAAGGAACGUAAAGAAUUUUCAAAACAAUAUAUCACUUUUUUGUGUAUCCACUUCGUUCAUCUGGGAAAAUUAUUGAAAGAUUCAAAAAAUAUAUAGUACGGUUGAAAACGGUACUGACCCAUCUUGCCCCUACAUACCAUAUAUUUAUGAACUCCUUCUUCGAUUCGAAACUUCUUCAGGAAUUCCCCCAAAAACUUCUCUUGGGAUUCCUUCAGAAACUCCUUUCGUGAUUCUUUCUUCCGGAAUUGUUUCAAGAGUUCCUUCCAGAUUUCUUGAGAAAUUCCUUCUGGGAUCCCUCCGGGAACUUGUUCCGAGAUUCCUACAAACUAUUUUUCAAAUGCUUCCAGCACAAAAACAGCAAAAUAAAUUACUGAAUUUUAGGAACAUUUUUGCUGAAUUUCAGCACAACGUUGCUGACCAACUGUCAAAAUUGCUGGAUGGUUCAGCAGUCGAAAAAGAAUUGCUGAUACUCAGUAAUUCCUUUUGCUGGAUACAAUCAGCGCAAACAAAAAUCAGGAAAGUUUGCUGAAUACCAGCAAAAUAAAUUUCCAGUGUAAAUACACCUUUUUCGAGAUUCUUUCAAAAUUUUUUUCCAGAAUUCUUUCGUGAACUCCUCUAGAACUUCCUUUAUGGAUUUCUUCGGAAACUCCUUCCAAGAACUUCUUCUGGAAAUCCUCCAGGAACUUCUUAUGGGAACUUUUUCUUUUGGGAUUCCUCCAGAAACUCCUUCCGAGAUUCUUUCAGAAAUUGCUUCCGGAUUUUUUUUCAGGAACUACAUCCAGGAUCGGAAAGCUUUUCUUGAUUCCUCCAUGAGUUCCUGCAGAUCCUUCAUUAUUGUUCCUGGGACGGAAAUCCUCCUGGAGUUUUUUGUGGCAGUUUGUAUGGCAUUACUCAAGGAGUUCCUUAUGAAGUUCCUGCAAGAGUUCCUUGGGGAAUUCCUCCUCCAUCAGCGAUGUAAUUCUCCCUGGAGUUCCUUCGGGUUUCCUCCAAUAGUUCCUUCUGGGAUUUCAUUCUUUCAGCUUUGGGCUGCUUAAAUUAAGUCCUGCAGAGAUUUUUUUCCCAAACAAUAUCGACUUUUAACAUGUUUAACAAUUGUUGGGAACACUGGCAACUCUGACCCAGAACCUACCACAAGGCUCACCGUUGACAGGCGACUGUCAUCCGGAUCGACGUCACAUGUGUCAUAACUACGCUUUUGUAAUUAGAAUGAGAUUGUCAUAAUAUCAUUGUAUUGUUCCAAUUCUCGACAAUGAAGAACAUGUUUUAAAGUGUCCCGCGAAAUAUACUAUUUUAUUAAAUCGUAACGUAUUUAUAUGCUUAAUUUAUUUAAGUCUAUUCACCGCCUCGUCACGUUACGACAGUGGCGACGAGAACGCGAGUUAUUCGUAUGUUUCGCGAGUGUUUCACCGGGAAAUUCGCGUAGAAAAAGCGCGAUCGAAUUUUAACCACGACGCCGCCGCCGAACAAAAGAAAGCGCACUUUCAGCACAAUGGACGGGCAGCAGCAUGUGGAUCCGAGCCAGGGAAACGUUCCACCUGGUCGGAAUCAGCAUCCGAACGGACAUCCACAGUUCCUCCAGCAGCAGCAGCUGCCUCCUCAAGCUCCGCAAGGGCACAAUCCGGGAAACAGUCCACCCGGUCAGCAUACGCAGUAUCGCCAGCAGCCGAUUUACCCUCCAGGGAUGUCGGCAGACAAUGUCAUCGUGCAAAUCUUGCAACAACUGCAGCAGCAGCAGGCAGUCACGAACCAGCUUCUUCAACAACAGCGCGAAUCCGCCCAGCAACAACAGGGGUUUCUGCAGCAGCAGGAAGCGCUUUUCCGGAAUGCCAUGGCUUCUAUCAAUGUCAGCGUGCCGUCAAAUCCAGAAGCGAUUCUGGACUCUUUAGCUGGUAACAUCAAAGAGUUCCAGUUUGAUCCUGAGAACCACUGCACCUUUGCUGCUUGGUUUGCGCGCUACGAAGAUCUUUCCGCCAAGGAUGCGCAGAGGCUCGAUGAUGAUGCGAAGGUAAGGCUACUUUUGCGUCGCCUGGGAACCAACGAGCACUACAGGUAUGUGAGCUACAUACUUCCCAGUACGCCGAAGGACUUCACAUUCGACGUCACAGUUCAGAAGCUCACAGCGCUGUUCGGGACCACGGAAUCAACGGUGAAGAAACGCUACAGCACGCUCACCAUCACUAAAGUCCCGACUGAAGAUUAUGUCACUUUUGCGUGUCGGGUGAACAAAAUGUGCGUAGAAUUCGAGCUGACGAAGAUGUCCGAGCAACAAUUUAAGUGUUUGAUGUUCGUUUGCAGAUUGAAGGGAGAGUGCGACGCCGAUGUACGAACCAGGUUGUUGGCGAAGAUCGAGAGCAACGAUGACGUCACCCUGGAAGCGAUGAUCGAGGAAUGUCAGCGGCUCAUUAAUUUGAAGAACGACACAGCGAUGAUCGAAGGCCCAUCGGGACAGGUGCAAGCAAUCCAAAGAGGUCCACAGCAUCAGAGUAAGUUCCGAAAGCGGUCAAACGAAAGGCGUAAUGCUCCACGAGCGCCAGAUGAGCAGAAGAAGGUACCAGCCACUCCGUGCUGGAAUUGCGGUGCGAUGCAUUUCUCAAACCACUGCAGUUUCCGGAAUCACCGAUGCACCGAAUGCAGGCAGUUUGGCCAUAAAGAGGGUUACUGCUCAAGUGCCAAUCGAUCGUCCAAGCCAAGGAAGCAGCGUAGCGGAAAGUUCUCCACCAAGACCAUCGCACUUACCGUCGGUAACGUACAGAGCAAGCGGCGAUUUGUGCAGGUGGAAAUCAACGGCGUACCUGUGCGUCUUCAGCUGGAUACGGCGUCGGACAUAACCAUUGUGUCCGAGCAGGUCUGGAAGCAACUAGGCCAACCAACUGUGGUUCCAGCAACACAGAUUGCCAAAUCAGCAUCGGGUGAACAACUCGAUUUGGAACACGAAUUCGCAUGUGAGGUGUCUUUCAACGGGUUGGCCCAGCAGGGCCGCAUUUUUGUCUCCAAGCGCUCGCUCAACUUACUGGGCAUCGACUUCAUCGAUAAGUUCAACCUUUGGUCACUACCGAUAGACAACUUUUGCAAUCAGGUAAGCGGUGUGCCUGUUGAUGCCAGUUCUUUGCAGAAAGCGUACCCCAAGCUGUUCAGCAACACGCUGGGCCUGUGCAACAAGGCCAAAAUCAAGCUAGCUCUCAAGGAAUCCUGCCGACCGAUCUACCGCCCUCGCAGACCGGUUUCAUACGCCAUGCUACCGACAGUGGAUCAAGAGCUCGACCGUCUGGAACGGUUGAACAUUAUUUCACCAGUGGACUAUUCCGAAUGGGCAGCGCCAAUCGUGGUGGUCAGGAAGGCGAAUGGCAGCAUUCGCAUUUGUGGAGAUUACUCCACUGGACUGAACGAGCGACUCCAACCUCAUCAAUACCCGCUCCCCCUGCCACAGGACAUCUUUUCCAAGUUGGCGGGUUGCACGGUGUUCAGUACGAUCGAUCUGUCGGACGCGUUCCUUCAAAUGGAGGUCGAUGAAAGUUCCCGUAGCAUGCUCACGAUUAAUACACACCGUGGCCUGUAUCAGUAUAAUCGAUUGCCUCCCGGUGUAAAAGCUGCUCCAGGUGCAUUCCAGCAAAUGAUAGACACCAUGCUGGCCGGACUACCGGGUACAUCUGGCUACUUGGACGAUGUCAUCGUCGGUGGCAAGAACGCCGAGGAGCACCAACGCAAUCUUCACGCAGUUUUGCAGCGGAUCCAAGAGUACGGAUUCACCAUACGUCCUGAAAAGUGCUCCUUUGCGAAACAUCAGCUCGGGUACUUGGGUCUUCUGCUGGAUCGCCAUGGAAUCCGCCCGGAUCCUGUCAAGAUCGCAGCAAUCAAGAACAUGCCACCACCGAAGGACAUUAGCGGAGUUCGCUCUUUUCUAGGCGCUAUAAAUUAUUAUGGGAAAUUCGUCCCAAAUAUGAGAACUCUUCGCUAUCCGUUGGACGAGUUACUCAAAUGCAGCUCAUCGUUCAACUGGACCCCAGAAUGCCAGCAGGCAUUCGACAAAUUCAAGGAAAUACUGUCCUCCGACCUCCUGCUCACCCAUUAUGACCCAAAGCAGGAAAUAAUAGUGUCUGCCGACGCGUCAUCAGUUGGAGUUGGGGCAACUAUAAGCCAUAAGUUUCCUGACGGCAAAGUCAAAGUCAUCCAGCACGCUUCCCGGGCACUGACUGCGGCGGAAACAGGAUACUCCCAGUCGGAUCGUGAGGGUCUAGCGAUAAUAUAUGCAGUAACAAAAUUCCAUAAGUUCAUCUUUGGAAGAAGAUUCCGGCUUCAAACAGACCAUGCGCCGCUACUACGGAUUUUCGGGUCCAAGAAGGGCAUCCCGGUUUACACGGCCAACCGGCUCCAGCGCUGGGCCCUAACACUACUCAACUACGACUUCUCCAUGGAAUACGUCUCGACUGACAAGUUCGGGAAUGCUGAUGUGUUGUCCAGGCUCAUCAACCAGCAUGCCAAACCAGACGAGGAUUUCGUCGUGGCCUGCACCACCCUGGAGGACGAUUUGAGGUCAGUAGCGGUCAAUAGCGUAAAUUGUUUGCCUCUCAGUUUCAGCAUGGUCCAACAAGCAACCAAAACCGAUCCAGUUCUUCGCAAAGUGUAUCGUUUCGUCCGAGAUGGUUGGCCCACAUCGAAGCUCGAUCUACGGGACAACGAACUACGGCAAUUCCACGACCGCCAAGAAGGGCUGUCGAUCGUCCAAGAGUGCAUUACGUUCGGGGACAGACUGGUGAUCCCCGCAGUUUACCGGAAGAGGUGCUUGAAUCAACUCCACAAGGGCCAUCCGGGCGUGCAGCGGAUGAAAGCCAUUGCACGCAGCUAUGUGUAUUGGCCAGGAUUGGAUGAGGAAAUAUCCAGCUUCGUUAAGGCUUGUCAGCACUGUGCAUCUGCAGCACGGUCUCCUCCAAAAGCUAGACCAGAACCGUGGCCAACUACAACCGCUCCAUGGCAGCGUGUUCAUGCUGACUAUGCGGGCCCAUUGGACGGAGAGUUCUACCUCAUCGUCGUUGAUGCUUAUAGCAAAUGGCCAGAAAUUUUUCCGACCCGCCAAAUUACGACGAAAGCCACCAUCAACCUGCUUCGCUCGCUCUUCGCCAACAAAGGGAUGCCGGAACUCCUCGUUACAGACAACGGCACCCAGUUCAAGAGCGCGGAGUUCAGCCACUUUUGCAGCGAAAACGGUGUACGACACAUCACCACGGCACCGUUUCACCCACAAUCAAACGGCCAAGCCGAACGGUUUGUCGACACUUUCAAGCGAGCGGUUCGAAAAAUCCAGGAAGGAGAAGGCACUAUCAAGGAAGCACUCGACCUUUUCCUGAUGACCUACCGCACUACACCCAAUCCGAACGUGUCAGACAAGAAAUCACCUGCAGAAGCAAUGUACAAUCGACCACUGCGAACAACCAUGGAUCUUCUUCGAGCACCGCCCGAACAGGUAGCAGAUCAAGCCAACUCGAGUCAAACCAGAACGUUCGCACCUAAGGAUUUCGUGUACGCCAAAGUCUAUACACGCAACAAAUGGACUUGGACGCCGGGCACCGUGGUCGAGAAAGUGGGCAAGGUGAUGUACAACAUCUGGUUGAAUGACAGGAGGAUGAUUCGGUCCCACAUAAACCAGCUUAGGGCCAGGACCGGGACAAAUUCAACCAUAGCGAAGUCACCAUCGUCAAAGCAACAGCUGCCAAUCAACAUUCUAUUGAAUGAAUGGAAACUGUCCACCGCUGCAACGCCUGUAGCGUGGGCGUCCACAUCACCACCGCUGGGAAAUGUCGAACCGACGUCGCCAACGUCGAUAGUGGGUCAGCCUAUGGCCUCCCCAGCAUCCAGUAGUUCAAGCUCAACUUCAACUUCGUCUUCAUCAGCGGAUUUCCGAUCUGCUAACGACUCGUCUCCUGCGGUCAGGCUACCUAGGCGCUCUUCUCGCAACCGAAGACCGCCUCAAUGGUUCCAGGCGUACCGCAGAUACUAAGGAGGGAGAUGUUGGGAACACUGGCAACUCUGACCCAGAACCUACCACAAGGCUCACCGUUGACAGGCGACUGUCAUCCGGAUCGACGUCACAUGUGUCAUAACUACGCUUUUGUAAUUAGAAUGAGAUUGUCAUAAUAUCAUUGUAUUGUUCCAAUUCUCGACAAUGAAGAACAUGUUUUAAAGUGUCCCGCGAAAUAUACUAUUUUAUUAAAUCGUAACGUAUUUAUAUGCUUAAUUUAUUUAAGUCUAUUCACCGCCUCGUCACGUUACGACAACAAUAUACUUGAAACUUUGUAAAUAUUAAAGGUAAGAAAAUCGUUCUUCGUUAAUACAUUGUAUUCAAUGCAGUAGUAAAACCAAACCAGCUUGGUAGAACAGUGUUACAGAGGAAAAUAAAACCCACACCCUGCCCUUGGCCUCCCCUUUGCAGUUUAGUAUCCCCCUCCGGUUCCCCAUAUCAUUUCCAUUAUUUUCAUUUCGCUUUCAUUAACUAACAUAUUGUCAAAUUGUUUCAAUU